UGUUCUUCCUUUCUCCGUCUCUCAGCCUCUCCCUGUGCUGUUCAAGGCUCCUUUCUCCCUCUCUCCCCGCUGCCAACCCCUCUUCCGGGCACUCACCCCUGCAGGCGAAGAUGUCCUCGGCCCAGGAAAGCUGCCUCAGCCUCAUCAAGUACCUCCUCUUCGUCUUCAACCUCUUCUUUUUUGUCCUCGGCAGCCUGGUUUUCUGUUUCGGGAUCUGGAUCCUUGUGGACAAGACCAGCUUCGUGUCAUUUGUGGGCUUGUCCUUCAUGCCCCUGCAGAUCUGGUCCAAGGCCCUGGCCAUCUCAGGAAUCCUCACCAUGGGCCUUGCCCUUCUGGGCUGUCUGGGGGCCCUGAAGGAGCUCCGCUGCCUCCUGGGCCUGUAUUUUGGGAUACUGCUGCUCCUGUUUGUCACGCAGAUCACCCUGGGGAUCCUCAUCUCCACUCAGCGGACCCGGCUGGAGCGGAAGGUGAAGGACAUCAUACAGGAGACGAUCCAGAACUACUAUGCCAACCCGGAGAAUACCGAGGCAGAGGAGAGCUGGGACUAUGUGCAGUUUCAGCUGCGCUGCUGCGGCUGGAACUCUCCUGAGGACUGGUACCGUGUCCCCAGCCUGAGCAGCAACGAGUCGGUGUACCAUGUGCCCUGCUCCUGCCGUAACUCAUCGGUGACCAACGACUCCUCAGUCUUGGAUAUGAUCUCCCCGACCCAGUUCAGCCAAAUUGGACCACUGGCCCGGCCCCAGCACAGUACAGAGCUUUGCACGGUCCCUGCAAACAGCAAUACCUAUCGCGAGGGCUGCUCGCGGAGCCUGCAGAAGUGGUUGCACAACAACCUCAUCUCCAUCGUGGGCAUUUGUCUGGGCGUCGGUCUACUCGAGGUGAGUGUGGCGGGGCUGACCCUGCUAGUGCCACGCAGAGCGCUCCGCGGGGACCCGCCACCGCAGGUGCCGGCCGCCGACGGUUGGUGCCCCGAGCCCGGCCUGAGCGCCGAUGGCGGUGGCGUGCAGAGCGGCAGCGGGCGUAGCGGCAGUCUGUGGGGUGGCUGGGGCAUGGCGGAUGCUUGCCCCAACUGGGUGGACAAAGUCCCACAGGGCAAGCUGCCCAUGGCCCUGGGGCCCUGGCCGCUUUGGGAGCAAGAUGAGGAACAGCCUGAGAUCCGGAGCACGGGUGCGGAGGUGGAGGCCGAGACAGAAUUACAGGCGGAGGCAGAAAGGGAGACAGAUGAGCCUCCAAAAUAAAGGACCCUGGGCUUGCUCCUGAUCUCACUCCUUUGCAGACUCUAGACCUGCGUUAGACGCAGCUGGGUUCCUCCUAUCCCACCCUAGUCCCAUGCCCCCGGCCCUUCCAUGACCUCCAGCCCUUUUACCCUUAACCCCACCUCUCAUCUUGCCCCAAACUCCCGUCCUACACCUCAUCUUUACCACCAGUCCCGGUUCUCCCUCUAGCCCCGCCCCGCCCCGCCCCAUUCUCGGC